AUGACAGCGCUCUCUGAGCGGCAAGGAUUCUUACCUCGUCUAGAGGGCACGUUCCUCUCUAUAUUUCAUCCGCUUCAGGGGCCACGUGUCUUGUUUCAAAUGCCCGAGGAUCUUUUUUAUGAUCCGGAGAAGGAGGCGGCGCUUUCUACAUCAUCAGCGAGUUCGCAGCAGCGUUUUCGCCUAGAAUUCAGCACACUAUCAGACUAUGUGAUCCCUAAGAACCCCCUCUGCGGUCGGAUGAUCAUAUGUAAUAUAAGCUCUUGUCCCGACGGGCAAGGUCGGCGUCACCAUUACAAAGUGAUGGGCGUCCCCGUGCUCCUCGAGCAUGAACAGAAAUAUGAACGCAACCAUUUUAUUUUCAACUUGUGUUUUGUCUUCCAGUCGAAUACUGAUACUCGUUCCUAUGAGCCUAUUGUUCAUAAAUGCGCCCGCUCACUUCGUAUGCUCGAAGAGGAACAAUCCUUUGUGUCGCGACUUGAUAAUCUCCCUAGAUUGUAUGCCAUCGUGGAGCAGCUGUACGAGGAGAUGAAUUCUUUUUAUGAAGUGUUUAUUGCACUUCCAGAGGCCUCUAAUGCCCACCGAUUCGACGCCGCACGAAAGAGCUGCUCAGAUGUCGCAUUGGACCGCAAUUUGACUCGGGUCGAUCCGACAGAACUCGAUGAGCUGCUGUUAUCUGCAUCUGGUCCCCUGGCUCGAGUUCGCGAGCAAACAUAUGGGAUGAAUGCAAAAACAGACAGCUCUGGCAAUCAAGACGUACGUAUGCGUGAAAAACCAAGUGGCGAACCAUCUUCAACUAUGCCUGAUCAGUGUCAAGCAAGCUUGGCGUAUACUCGCUCUUUGGCCGGGGAACAGACCCAAGGACUGGGUUCCACGGUGCGAGACGCCAUCAAUCUCAAGCUCUUCCCAUCCUUUGUACAGCCCCCACCUGUUCACGACUGGGAUGUACCCGUGCUACUUCUCGACAUGUCCAAAUUCAUGAACGACAGUUGGGACUUGACCCUCGUUCGGCUCAUCCCUUUUUUGAACGGUACAUCUCAUGUCAGACGUAUCGCACAAUUGGCUGACGCAGACGUGUUACUUGUGAAGCAAUGUGUGCAACAUUUGCUGUAUUAUUCUUUUGCGAUGUUGAUUGACAUAUUCCAGUUCUCCAACAUUUAUGUGCUUCGACCACAAGUGGCUCCCAUGUUGAGCGAUCCACAUAUCGAAUCGGAAUGUGCUUCUUACGUUAUGCUUCCUGGGUGUGACGCUUUACCAGGACCCGUACUCUGGCACAUGUAUUCUAUGUUGCGCUAUGGGCGCACGCUCCAUGACUGGAUCGGACUACUGGGCAACCAGGUUCAAGCUGUGGAUGUUCGCAGAUUUAUCACUUUUGGCGUCAUCAAAGGCUUUGUUCGUCGAGUACAUCAAUACCCCAUAUAUUCGUCCUAUCAGAAACCACUACGGAACUCUGUGGACACCCUCUCAUCACCGCUCUUUGCAUUCCCUCCAGACUCCAUGAGCUUUGCAAAAUCGAACAAAACCCUCUCAUACUCGAGCGGUCAAAAUGUGUCUGAAUUUUCCUUGGAUCCCAACACGAAAUUGAAUGGGUCCGCGAACGCCACCGCAUCUAGACUUCAAGAUGUUCAACUAUCGAAUAAAGCUUCUCAACGCUCAGAUGCCAAGCGUCGAUUAUCCACAGCGAUUGAUGUGGCGAGUGUCGCUCACGGUACUUUCAGUGAUGAUGCGGUUCGUAAGCGUGCCGCGUCGCCCUCUGUGUUUGGUUCUGCUCCUGUUGAGCCAAAAAUACCUGUUGAUCUUCCCUCCUUACUAGAUGGAACACGCUGUGAUGAUGAGCUUUGUGUACAAUUUGGCAUGAGCUGGACAGACUUGCAGCGUUGGUUCGCCCAUCUGUCAACACAGCCUGUGCCAUUCGAUUUUACUUCUGAUAAAGAAGCGUCUCCCAAAAUGAAACCGACCUUCUCACGGAGCUCUUCAAAUUACUCCUACAUGUAUUCUAACAGUCACGAACAUGUUGACGCCAUAUCAUCAAACCACAAGGCUGAUGACGUCCAGCAUACCGCCUGGGGCCAUAUAUCCAUUGUGGCCAUUUAG